AUGGCUGCCUCGGCAGCCGUGCAGGACCUAGGUGAUGUCCAUGACCAUCCUUUCAAGAAAUCCUUUGCGGACAUUGAGCAACAGCAUCCGCGAACUACUCAACUGGAGGCCAAUCUUUCACGCAUUCUAGUCCCUCAAAAUUCGUCAAUAGUUAGGGAACCUUCCACCUACAGAGGCCAGCCAGCAAUCUUUUUCACGGAGGAAGACGUUCAGCAACUCUCCCAACCCUUCUGCUAUUCACUGAUAGGCAAAUUCUCCAAGGGGAGGCCGAACAUGGAGAACCUGCGGAAAGCAUUUCACUCGAUUGGGUUCCAGGGGAUCUUCUCGCUGGGAUUGCUCAUUAGCGAGCCUUUAAAGGUGGAUGCUUCAACUGUAACUCUCAAUCGGCCCAGCGUAGCAAGAUUCUGUAUAGAAGUGGAUUUGUGGCAAUCUCUUCCAAAAAAACUUUGGGUAGGGAAUGGAACAUCUGGGUUCUGGCGGCCUGUGGAAUACGAUAACCUCCCGGAUUGUAGUUGCUGUCAAAAAGUGGGUCACUCCUCUGAUUUAUGCCGAAAUUCAGGGAAACCUAUGCAUGGUGUAGCGGAGCAAAAGCAGCAAGACGAUCGAUCUCAACAACAACGGACGGUGACGGUUCAACCUACUCAGGUCCCUCUUAAUGUGCAGCAGCACCCUCCCGCGGAGCAAUCCCUAGAUAAAGUGUUUCGACCACAAGGUACCAGCUACUCUCAUGCAGCAGCGUCGGCACCACCAGGUGAUGGGUUGGCUAUGCAGCCGCUUAAAUUUCCUUUUUGCGAUGACAGUAAGUUGGAUUGCCAUAUGAGACGAUCAUGGAAGAAUAUUCAGACCAUUCACAAUUUGCCCGCUUUUGAUUGUGUCUCUCAUAUGGAUGAGCCGCACUCUCCGAUGACCCAACUAGCUGAUUUACGCAACUUAAAAACCCAGAUGGAUGAUAGGAUAUGGGUUUGCUGGUCCAAGUUGUUUGCGGGAAAUGUCCUCAGAAACGGGGAUCAAUUCCUUCAGUUGGUGAUCACUCACGAGUCUAUACCAACAGUCUUCUAUAGCACCUUUGUAUACGCGAAAUGCACCAGGCAGGAACGCCAUGAGCUAUGGUCGACCAUACAGGGGAUAAGUAGUACGAUUAGUCGCCGUCCAUGGCUCUUAGGUGGAGACUUCAAUGUUAUAUCCUUCCUGGAGGAGUACUUAGGCUCCUCUCCUCAAGAUAUGGGCACGAUUGCGGACUUCAACUCAUGCCUACACAGUUGCCUGCUUAAGCAAGCGCGGGUGGUAGGAAGUAAGUACACUUGGACGGGGAUCCGCAAUGGACGGAGGAUUUGGAAAAAGUUAGACCACGUUUUGUAUAACAAUGAAUGGGAGCAGCACUUCCCGCGACUGUGCGUCCAUCAUCUCAAUCGUACAUCGUCGGACCACUCACCUCUACUGUGCUUGUUUGAUUACCCCUCUUGGCCGUCCCAGGCUUCUUUUAAGUUUCAGCACAUGUGGGUUCGGCAUUCGGCCUUCAUGAAUAUAGUUCAACAAAAUUGGAACUUGCCAUUUGAGGGAUAUGGGAUGCAUGGCCUGGCUGGCAAGUUAAAGCAUCUGAAGCGGUGCCUGCAGGCUUGGAAUAGAACUGCCUUUGGGAAUGCAUUUGACAACGUGGCACAAGCAGAGGAACUAGUUUGUCAGAAAGUGAUUUGCUUGGAGCAGGAGAACACGACGACAGCUUGUUUGGAAUGGAGCCAAGCCCAAGCAAACCUUCUCCAGGCAUUGGCAAAUGAAGAGAUUUUUUGGAAACAAAAGGUUCGGGUCAAGUGGCUUAAAGAAGUGGACUCUAACAAAAAAUUUUUUCAUGCAUAUGUGCAGGAUAAGAGGGAGAGGCUGCACAUCAAUCGCAUCAAGACCUCAGGCGGAGAGUGGAUUGAAGAUUUUGAAGCCAUAGCAGUCGAAGGGGCCGCAUUCUUUCAAACGCUGCCGUCCCAAGAGCACGCUGAUCCCACGGAAGGCCUAGCGAAGGAGCAAGUGGCACAGCGCCUAUUGCAAAGUAUUCCUUUGUUGGUUUCUCCGCAUCAAAAUGCAAGUCUCAUACAAAUGGUGACUCCCGAGAAAGUCAGGGACGCGGUGUUCGGUCUGGAUAGCGAUAGUGCAGCGGGUCCAGAUGGUUUCUCGGGGUUAUUUUUCAAACACUGUUGGGAUAUUGUGGCGACAGACAUCUUCAAGGCGGUCCAAGAGUUCUUUAUUGGGGUUCCCAUUCCCAAGUCCAUUUCAAACAUGGUCAUUGUCCUUGUCCCGAAGAAGGAUGCAUGUAGCUCAUUUGAAGAUUAUAGGCCAAUAAGCUUGAAUAGCUUCAUUAACAAAAUUUUCAGCAAAGUGCUCUGUAAUCGCUUGAAGCCCUUGCUGCCGGCACUAAUCUCAAAGGAGCAAUCAGGCUUUGUCCAAGGCCGAGAUAUUACAGAUAACCUUCUACUGGGGCAAGAGUUGGUGGGCUCCUUGGAUAAGAAAUGCUGCAAGCGUUUGGUUUUCACUCACUUUGUCGCGUUGAUCUUGAGCAACUUGACUGUGAGCCGGUUUUCAUUACUCAUCAAUGGGAAACCCUGUGGGUUUUUCAACGCCUUAUGGGGGCUUAAAGAGGGGGAUCCGUUAUCACCAUACCUCUUUAUCCUAGGAGUAGAGGCACUAAGUAGAGGCCUUAAUAAGCUUUUUGAGACAGGGGCAAUCGCUAGUUAUGCGCUGCCACAUGGGUGUCCGUCAAUCUCCUACCUGAGCUUUGCUGAUGAUAUUAUGGUUUUUGGGAGGGCAGAUAGGAAAUCACUUAGGGGAUUGAUGGAUUUUCUAACGCUGUAUGAAUAUGGGUCAGGCCAAAAGGUGAACACGAUGAAGAGUUUCUUUGUUCUACCUCACAGGAGCUCUACGGUUCAUUCUCGUCUGCCCCUAGUCGAUAAGCUUCAAAGGCGUCUUGCAAGUUGGAAAGGCAAACUUCUGAAUGCUGGAGGCAGGAUGAUACUUAUCAAGCAUGUGCUGGCUGCUAUCCCACUAUACACAUUGUCCGUGCUUGAUUCUCCGCAACAAGUUUUAAAGCGAUUGGAAUAG